AUGACCUCCAGGCACCACCCCUCUUCUCCGUACAGGCGCGGGGAAUGGACGAGUCCGAGGGCGCAGCUUCCGCCGGCGCCAGUGGCUGAGCUCGAAGCUGCCCUUGGUCGUGGAGUCGUAGUUGCCAUCCGGGCCACAGCAAUCAUGGUGAAUUUACUUCAGAUGGUACGUGACCACUGGGUUCAUAUACUUGUCCCGGUGGGAUUUGUCAUUGGAUGUUACCUCGACAGAAGGAAUGAUGAGAAGCUGACUGCCUUCCGGAACAAGAGCUUAUUAUUUAAAAGAGAACUGAGAUCCAAUGAAGAAUUUACCUGGAAGUAA